UUUCUUAUUUACGCCUGCCUGCUGCUUUUCUCUGUGUUGCUGUCUCUGCGUUUGGAUGACAAAAUUCAGUGGAGUUACUGGGCUGUAUUUGCUCCCAUAUGGCUGUGGAAGUUAAUGGUGAUUGUUGGUGCCUCAGUGGGAACAGGAGUAUGGGCCCGAAACCCACAGUAUCGAGCAGAAGGAGAAACCUGUGUGGAGUUCAAAGCGAUGUUAAUUGCAGUGGGCAUCCACCUGCUGCUGCUGAUGUUUGAAGUUCUGGUGUGUGACAGGAUCGAAAGAGGAACUCAUUUCUGGCUCCUGGUCUUCAUGCCAUUAUUCUUUGUGUCCCCAGUGUCGGUUGCAGCUUGCGUGUGGGGAUUUCGACAUGACAGGUCUCUGGAGCUGGAAAUCUUGUGUUCAGUCAAUAUUCUACAGUUCAUAUUUAUUGCGCUCAGACUAGAUGAGAUCAUCAGAUGGCCGUGGCUUGUGGUUUGUGUUCCCCUGUGGAUCUUGAUGUCCUUUCUGUGUCUGGUAGUGCUCUAUUACAUCGUAUGGUCUGUGCUGUUCUUGCGCUCUAUGGAUGUGAUUGCUGAGCAAAGGAGGACACACAUAACAAUGGCUGUCAGCUGGAUGACGAUUGUAGUUCCACUGCUCACGUUUGAGAUCUUACUAGUACACAGACUGGAUGGACAUAAUUCUUUUUCUUUCAUACCCAUAUUUGUUCCUCUCUGGCUGUCACUGAUAACUUUAAUGGCAACAACAUUUGGACAAAAAGGAGGAAAUCACUGGUGGUUUGGAAUUCGCAAAGACUUUUGCCAGUUCCUGCUUGAAAUUUUCCCAUUCCUACGAGAAUAUGGAAAUAUUUCUUAUGAUCUUCAUCAUGAAGAUAAUGAGGAAACAGAAGAAACACCACUGCCUGAACCACCGAAAAUUGCACCAAUGUUUCGAAAAAAGACUGGAGUGGUCAUUACACAGAGUCCUGGAAAAUACGUGAUUCCACCUCCCAAAUUAAACAUUGAUGUGCCAGAUUAAGACGACAGUAGCAUAUUAAACUUGAACUGGGAAUCAGCA